CGUUGGAAGUCUGGCUCCUCUGCCGUGCCGUAGCGGCGGCUCCGGGCGUCCCUCCCGCCUCGCUCCGCCUCCCCGGGCGGGAACUGCGAACUGCCGCUGGAGGACAGAGGCGGCCCCUCUCGGCCCAGGGAUGCCUGAAAGUCAAGGGAAAGACAGCGAAAGCUAUAUCAGCAGCAAUAAUUCCAGCACUAGCAAUUCGGUUGCUUGCUUCGGACAGUAUCAAUACACAGCAAGUGAAUAUCAAGCUAUCCAGCAUGCUCUUCGUCAAAGACUAGGUCCAGAAUAUAUCAGCAGUCGGCACGCUGGAGGAGGACAAAAGGUCUGUUACAUUGAGGGUCACAAGGUAAUCAGUCUGGCCAAUGAGAUGUUUGGCUUCAAUGGCUGGGCUCACUCAGUCACUCAGCAGAACGUUGACUUUGUUGACCUCAUCAAUGGCAGGUUCUAUGUGGGGGUCUGUGCAUUUGUGAAAGUUCAGCUUAAGGAUGGAUCAUACCAUGAAGACGUGGGGUAUGGAGUCAGUGAAGGCCUAAAGUCUAAGGCCUUGUCCCUGGAAAAGGCAAGAAAGGAAGCAGUAACUGAUGGACUGAAGCGGGCACUCAAGUGCUUUGGGAAUGCUCUUGGGAACUGCAUCCUAGACAAAGACUACCUACGAGCUGUGAAUAAGCUUCCACGUCAGAUACCACCUGAGUUAGAUUUGGUCAAAGCUAAAAGACAGGACUCUGAACCCGAAAUAGAGAAAGCAAGAUACAAUAGCUGUUUGGAAAGGCAGAACGCAGGAGGGAGACGGCACUGUGAGAUGACAUCUGAUUGUAAGCCUGGUCAGCCAGAAGCUGCUGUAGUGACAGUAGAUCAGAAACAGCCAAAUAGUUCUAGGAGCAGAAAUACAGGCUCCUUUGCUUUCGAGUGUGAUGCCACUUACCAGCGGAAAUUGCGACAAAAGCAGCUGCAGCAACAGUUCCGGGAACAGAUGGAGAAAAAGAAUCAGGUUCCCGUAGUUACUCCUAGCAGCAAACAGGCAACACCUGAUCCUCCUGUAAAGCACAGCACCCCAGCAGAAGCACAACAGGAGCCAGCAAUAGAAGAGUUCUUCGCAGACGAUCCUGAACUUUGGGACGUUUCCUUGGAGACCAUUGAUCUUAAGGUAAUGGGUCACAAAAUGGCAGACCCAUCAGCAGGACAGCGGACACCUGAAACACCACGUGGACAUCAUGGAAUGACUACUCGUAGCAGGACGCCUCACAGAAUGAAUUACCACAAAGCUUCUGCUAGACUUGCUCAGUUGCAGCCAUCUGCUACAACCAUGAGCAGCAACAGCAGCUGUGCCAACCAGCAGACCUCAGAGUGCAGCCCCCACAGAAGUCAAAGCUUGAAGAAAAGGAGGCUACAACCUAUAUAAGACACCUGGUGCUAUCGUUACAUCCCUACUGGAUUACAUCAGAUGACUGCAGUUGGCUGUUCAAAUUACGUGAGCAAUUCUAGUGCAUGAAUGGACUUUCCUUUAUAUUAUGGUGAAGCAACACAGAAGAGUUUCAUACAGCCAGAAAGAACUCACUGUACUUUUAGGUUACUCUAUGUUUCAGCUGCCUCUUUCUAUAAACAAGCAAUCAUGUGUGCUUCUGCAGCACUAGACUUGGGGCUGUAUUACAAGCUGACGUUACAUGUGAUUUGCCUGAAAGGGUAACAGAAUUAAUCUUUAAAAUGAGAUGCAAUUCAUAGCUUCUUUCUCUCUCAGCGUUGCAUUUCAGCACGGAGAAAAACUGAGUAAAACAGGGAGAGGGCGGGUUAUGGUCAGAUGAGAAAGCCUGCAAGCUGCGGUCACCUGUUCAGUGAGGCUGAGUGUGUGGAGCGGUGGCAGCAUCCACCUCCCGUGCACAGCCCAGCCCUUUGUGGUUGCACGAACAGGGUCAGAGCCCAUUCCUCUGCCUCAGCUUGUUCCUCAAGACGCUGGAUUCCUGUGCAGCAGCUGCAGAUGCAGCUGUGCCUGUGCAACAGGGCAGCGCAGGGGCCAGAGCGUGCUGCAGCUGCUGCCGGAGCUGCAUGUAGCAUCUUAGUGUUUGCUUGGGCCCUUUGUAAAAUGAAUGGGAGCUGCACUUCAGUUUUUAAAUAAGCUUUCAACCCUUUCCAAUAUAAAAAUAAAUGUGAACACAAACCACA